AUGAAAGAAGCAGAUGGGAUCCCGUGGAGUGCGUUAGUUCAAGCUUAUUAUCUGCCGCGAUCUCGUGACAAUUGCUGCAUAAAACUGGCUGCAGCCGCUACGAAACGGUACUCGAGUACCACCGCUACGCGGCCCGCACUCCGCCUCUCGAUCAUACCGCCCCCGCGGAGGUCUCUCUCUGACCGUCCACGUCCCAACUGGUGGCCACGCUCAUCAAAAAAAACAACCGAAAAACCAAAAUAUCGUUUUCCCGUCCCGCCGCCCUCGCAUCGCCUCCCUGCCUUCCGUCAUCUCCACUCCACCCCCACCGCCCCCCGCUCCCGCAUCACCUCUUCUCUCCCCGCGCCCGCCCAGCGCUUCAAUGCCGGCGCCACUCUUCGUCCACUCCUCCUUCCUCCUGGUCACGCCCCCUCCGUGUCAGCGCCAGUGCCCGCCGCGCCGUGGGAAAAGCUGUUGGCCCGCGCCUCCCCCGACGACUUUGUUAACGGCCCCAACCUCAUCUCGCCCACCAAGGAGCGCGAGUCGCUCCGCCUCUUCUCGCAGAAGGACGCCGACGUCCGCCUCGUCCUCUACCGCGACCACGCCUGCUGGUGCCCCUACUGCCACAAGGUCCAGCUCCUGCUCGAGGCAAAGAAGGUCCCCUACAUGGUCAAGAAGGUCAACAUGAGCUGCUACGGCUCCAAGCCCGCCGAGUUUCUCAAGAUCGUCCCGACCGGCCUGCUCCCGGUCAUCCAGCUGGACGGCACGAUCAUCACCGAGUCCAUGGAUAUCAUGUUCUUGCUGGAGGACACGUUUCAGACACCGUACCGCCAGAUGAUUCCGGUCGAUGAUAACGACAUGAUGCAGGCCUUUCACCGCUACAUGCGCCUCGAGCGCGUCUUCACCGGCUCGUGGCUCGGUGCCCUGCGAGGCGCCAUGUCUAGCCUCGGGAGAGGCCUGGAACCGGUCAACCACACCCUCGAUCUCAUCGAGACCUGCCUCGGCGACUUUGAGGGCUCCUUCUUUUACCCGGGCCCGGAGCCCUCGUUCGUCGACAUCAAUUUCUCCACGAUCUUCGAGCGCGCGCGCUCCUCUCUCAAGUUCUGGCGCAACCUGGAGCUAGCCGACGGCCGCCCGAACCUACGCCGCUGGUUUGCCGCGUGGGACGCCUGGGAGCCCGCCACGUACCUGCAGAGCGACGACUGGACCCACAUCGGCGCCCUGCCGCCGCAGAUCGGUCCGGUGUCCUUCCUGCGCACGCGGAGCCCGGUGUCGCUGGCCGUCGAGACGGCCCGCAGCAAGCACGUGCUCAACGAUGGCCAUGAGGGCGCCCAACACCGUAAGCAGGCCGCCAACGCCAUCUGCCGCAACCACGCCGCUGUCACGAAGGACGCCAUGCGCGGCGUCAAGGGAUGCCCGGACGAGUUUCAUAGCGUCACGGACUUUGCUUUCAGGGUGCUUAGCGAGGUCCUGUUGGACCCGUCUAAACUGGAGGAGGCGGAGAUCCGGGUUAGGGAGACUGUUAAGACCGAAGAAUGGGUCAUGCUUGGACAUGCUCUUCGGUUUGAACGAGUGAGAUGCUGCUCGCCGAGGGAUAUGCCCAUCAGGGCCAUGGAGCAGUUUUGCGGAGCCAUCAACUGGAUGUUGAGGACGAUCGAGCAGGAGCUGUAGCGUGUUUGCGCGGGAGCUAGCGCGGCGCCCGGUGAGUGCCGCCCUGCCAUUGGAGCGAAGCCGGAUCGGUUUUGGGACGCACUCGCUGAGCGUAUCGGUGCCGUUAGUUGCCUUUGUCGAGCUCGCCGAUUGGCGGGCAUCUUUUCCGGACAAAGCAGCAGUCAUGCGCGGCAACAACUGCUUUCUUUGCGCUGCUCGUGUUAAUGAUGUAUGUAGUAUUGUAUUCGUUGCUUGCGAGCGAGCACGGGGGUAAACAUACAAAACGUGUGUUUGUCGCA